CUCGUGAAUAAUGCGAUCAGUCUAAAACAGCAGCGGACCAUCUCUUCUGUUUAAACAUGACUCCAUUUUCCGUCGCCAUAUUCUUGCUGGGCCUUUCAUCGCUGGCCGCCGCCACCAACUUCACCCAAGUCUUCGAAUGGAAAGAAUUGGACUUCGAGUGGCCGUCAGAGGCGAGCAGGGCAAAGGCCUUAGAGGACGGAACUUACGACCCGGCGAAAAUUUAUCCUCGUUACAUUGCUGUCCACGGUUCAAGAAUCUUCCUCAGCCUUAAGGAAUCGAUUAGCAUUCCGGCGACUCUGGUGUCUCUGCCGACGAGCAGCGCCUCCUCCGCACCUCCGAAGCUCACCCCUUUCCCUUCGUUGGACUUGCAUCUGAAUGAAUCGGGAAACUGCGAAAAGAUCAACCGGGCAGAAGGGCUGCAAGUGGACUCCGUUGGCAGGUUGUGGGUGCUCGAUCAGGGACUCUCUGCUUCCAAUUGCAGUGCCAAACUAUGGAUUUUCAACUUAAACAACAACGAAACCGAACUGAUUCAUCGAUUUUCCUUCACUGACCAGAUGCACGACUUGGUGAUCGACGAAACACCCAACGGAACCUUCGCCUACAUCGCGCGGUGGAGUGAACCACACAUCGUCGUGUUUAAUUUGGAGAGGAAUGAAUCUUGGAUCGUGGACACGCCAGGAGUCGAGGUUGUGUCCAUCGCCAUGUCCCCUAAGGAGGAACGGAGACAGCUCUACCUCGAAGAGCUGUACAAGGAUGAAUUGUUUUCAAUUAGUGUCGCCGCACUCCGCAACGGAACUCGAACAGCAGAACCGGAACUAAUCGGAAAGUGGAAAGGAACACCAUAUAGAAUGCUGGUGGACAACCACGGGACCUUGCAUGCCGCCAUUUUGUCGGAGGAUUACGCUUCAUCUUGGAACACAUCCCAGCCUUUUAAGGAGCAACGUUUUUAUGAGGUCGCUGAUCUGGAUUAUAUUUGGCCGUUUACUUUUACCUUGGACCAAAUUGGAACUCUUUGGAUGACAGUGUUUGAUAACACAAAAACGCCAAGAUUCAGGAUUUUAAAGGCCUCGCCAGAAUGGCCCAAGAGUAAUACUGCCUAAGGUCUGGAGAGUCCCUUUGCAAGGUUGGAUGGAAAACUGCGACCCACCCUGGCUAUGCGUCCACGGCACCUUCGACCAUCCCUGCCCACCCGACCUCAUGCAAAGAACGAUUGUAGCCUCGAGUAGUGAUUUUAGUUGGGAUAUUAAAUGUUUACUGGGAAGUUA